AUGAAACAAAACCGCAAGGGUACGAAAUUUGUAUUCCAAGGAAAGUACCCACUGGAGAAGUUUGGCCAGUUUGCAAAGAUUAGUGAAGUAUCUGAGUCUGAAAGCUCCUCAGACAAUGAAGAUGAUGUUAUUGCUACUUCUGAGAAUGAAGAAGACCCAGUUCCGCCCGUUGCAAUUGUUGCCGAGGAAUACGCAGUACCGAUGACUAAUGUGGAGGUAAAUGAUGAUGAUGAGGCAAUUGAUGAUGAUGAAGGUGAAGAUGCGAUGAAUCUAUGUGAUGAUGUACUUGACUUUGAUGAUGAUGAAGGUGAUGAUUUCAGGCCAAGUAGUCAGGAACUAAAUGCAUUAUUUGAUGAUGUCCAUGAUGUUGUACAACCUAUAAUGGAGACUGAGGGACUUAGUAAUGUUGUUAAGCCUCCAAUAAAAUGGAGAAGAGUCGAUCCAAGGCAGGGAGUCCUGAUUAGGGAACAAGCUUCGUCGACCCAACACGUGCAUGUUGUGAAUGAAGGACCAAGUGUUAUACGAUCUUUCUUUGAAACUGGCGAGAGCUCUUCAGCUCCUAAUAGCUCUUCAACUCCUCCACCCUCACACGAUGUAGCCUCCGAGCAGAUGGCAAGAUUUUUGGCUCGUGAGGAUGUUGAUUAUGCACCAAGGGGGAAGGGUAUAUCUAUAGGUGCAGAGAGCUCAAACAAAGAAGAAGGAACAAUUUUUGAGCUAAAGGAGGAGAUCGGAAUUCUAAAUCAAAAGCUUAUCGAGAAGGAUGUUUCGAUAGGAAAUGUUGACCUAAACCUUGGUGCCUUGACUGCUGUGUACUUCGACCUGAAAAACAAGCUAAUUAGAGAAUUUGGCGACAAGUUCAAGACACGGGUCGUAGAACCAAAUGCAGCAGAAGCUUCUCAUUGUGCUCAUUACCAAGCUACUCACGAUCCUCUUGUUAACCCUCCACCUGUCAGAACCACAAGAAUUCUUGACCGAUUUGAGAGUGAACCGGAUCAAGCCAAUCCAAGAGUUAUUCUAAAAGAAGCUCAGAAACAGGUAUAUUCACAAAAGAAAGGGAAGUGGCAAUUCAUUAAAACUUCAUAUCAAAAUGUUCGUGGAAACCAGCCCCAACUGACUGUAACUGAGCUUGGAAAGAAGCGGUUCAGAGAUAAGUACGGUGACCGGUCAUGA